GGGUUUAUAUUGAAGAAGUCCUAAAUAAAUGGAAAGGAGACUAUGAAAAGCUGGAACAUAACCACACGUACAUCCAGUGGCUUUUCCCACUGAGGGAACAAGGUCUGAACUUCUAUGCUAAAGAAUUAACUACAUAUGAAAUUGAGGAAUUCAAGAAGACAAAAGAAGCAAUUAGAAGAUUCCUCUUGGCUUACAAAAUGAUGCUGGAGUUUUUUGGAAUCAAACUAAUUGAUAAAACGGGAAACGUAGCGCGAGCUGCGAACUGGCAGGAGAGAUUUCAGCAUUUGAAUGAGUCUCAACACAACUAUUUGAGAAUCACUCGAAUUUUGAAGAGUCUCGGCGAGCUUGGGUACGAGAGCUUCAAAUCUCCCCUGGUGAAGUUUAUUCUCCACGAAGCUCUUGUGGAAGACACCAUCCCCAACAUUAAGCAAAGCGCCCUGGAAUAUUUUGUGUAUACCAUUAGAGACCGACGAGAAAGGAGGAAACUCCUGAGGUUUGCCCAGCAACAUUACACGCCCUCGGAGCAUUUUAUCUGGGGACCCCCAAGAAAACAGAAGUCGGAGGGAGGCAAAGCAAAUAAAAAGCCAGCGUCCCCAAUUUCUAUUCACAACAGUUAUAUUUCUAAGCAUAAGAAACCAAAAGAGCCCAAGAAUACAUCGACAAGUAAAACAGCUGAAGAAAAAAAGGUAGAACUCACCAAAAAUGGGGAAGAAAAUGACCAGGUUGAGCAUGAAAAGAGCUGCGAUGCUGUGAGGCAGAGCAGCGGUGAAAAAACCAAUGAUACUGAUACUUCCAAAUCAGAAGAAAUCCCUGAGACUUCAGACAGAAAGGAGGACGCUUCUCAUUCCAAAAAAGAUGACGAAAAUGUGAGCGCUGACUGUGGAAAUCACCCAGGCGCUGCAGAGAGAGAUUUGUGUGACACUGAGCAUUCCCCAAAUAACGCAGCGGCAGAUCUGCAGGAUGACCUCGAUCGGGAGGCGCUUUCGGGGGAGGCCACCACAAAACCCAAGGAGGAGCUCAAAUCCUGA